AUGAUGAUUAGGCAAUUAGAAGAUGAUGGUGAUGAUGAUGAUGAGGAGGAGGAUGAUGAGGAUGUCAAUACUAAAAAACAUAUGUUACCACCGAAGGUUGCAAAAAAGAAAAAGAUUCAAAGCACCAGCACUGUAAAACAAUCAACUACAAGUUAUGGAAAGCAGAAGAAAUCUGCAACAUUAGGGACAUAUUUCAUGCCGAGAACAACUCCUGGUGCUCAAAAGUCUCUUCAGAAUUGUUGGCAAAGGAAAGAAGCAGUUGAACGGUGUGAUCUUGCUUUAGCGAAGUGGAUGUUUGAUGCAUGUGUGCCAUUUAAUGCCGUUAACUCUGUGUAUUAUCAGCAUGCCAUAGAUGCUGUAACAACCAUGGGUCCUGGUUAUAAAGGACCAAAUUUACAUGCUAUCCGUGGUUAUUACUUGGCAAAAGCGGUUGAUGAAGUGAAGAUUUAUGUUGAGAGUUAUCGAGAGAUUUGGAAGAAGACUGGUUGCACAUUAAUGGCUGAUGGAUGGACUGAUCAGAAGAGGAGGACUUUAAUUAACUUCUUAGUAUAUUGUCCUAAAGGAACAGUUUUUUUGAAAACCGUGGAUGUAUCAGAUGUCUCAAAGACUGCUAGAUUGUUGUAUCAGUUGUUUAGAGAGGUUGUUUUAUAUGUUGGGGUAGAAAACAUUGUGCAUAUGGUGACUGAUAAUGCUGCAAAUUAUGUUGCUGCUGGCAGGUUAUUGAUGGAAGAAUUUCCUUCAAUAUUGUGGUCUCCUUGUGCUGCUCAUUGCAUCAACCUCAUACUCCAGGACAUUGGUAAAUUGCAGUCAGUUUGUUGUGUUGUUGAGCAUGCUUCUGGUAUCACAAAGUACAUUUAUAAUCAUUGUUAUCCAUUGUAUUUGAUGAGGAAGUUCACUAGAGGAAAAGAAAUACUUCGUCCAGCUCCUACUCGUUUUGCCACCAAUUUCAUUGCAUUGCAAAGCAUUUUAGCUCAUAAAGAUGAGUUGAGAGCUAUGGUGACAUCUAGGGAAUGGGUCUCAUCUGCUUAUGCUAAAGAUAUCCAAGGAAAAAAUUUUGUUGACAGUGUGCUAGACUCUUUGUUUUGGGAAGAAUGUGUAAUAAUUGUGCGAAUGAGUGAACCUUUAGUUCGAGUUCUACGAUUGGUUGAUGCGGCAUUUUGGUUGAAUCCUCGAUUUCAAUAUGAUGCAAAUAUAAUGGAUAAACAUAUGAGAACCAUUUCUGGACUUCUAGAUGUUCUUGAGAAGUAUGCACAUGGAAAUCUACCAUUGCAAAGUAAGAUUACAAGUGAGAUGAAGUUUUUUAGGAAUGCUGAACAUGACUUUGGCCGAGCGUCUGCAAUAAAUAAUCGCACGCUUAUGCCUCCAGAUGAAUGGUGGAUGACAUAUGGAACCAGCGCUCCAAAUCUACAACAAUUGGCUAUACGAGUGUUAAGUCAAACUUGUAGUUCUUCGGGAUGUGAGAGAAAUUGGAUCGAAGAUGACCCAUCAAUCUUGACAACGGAAGAAGUAGAGAGUUUUCACCAAGCUCUAUCAACUAUGACCAUACAAGAUACUUUAGAUGAUGAUGUCAUAAAUGUUAAUGAGAUUGAAGAUGAUUGUGAUGAUGAAGUUUCAAAGGAGCAUGCUGAUGAUUUAUUAGGUGUUGACAAGAUUGGCUCAUUUCCAUCGACAUUUGAUCCAAAUUUUGCUGCCAUAGACACAGAAGAACUUAAUGUGUUCAUUCAACAAAAGUGA